GUUAAUAGAACAAUUCGCUGGAAGGUCCGACGUCUUGGACAUUAACUGCGUGGACCCUCUCAACAGAUCUGCCCUCAUAGCCGCUAUAGAGAACGAGAAUAUAGAGCUCAUCAAACUACUCCUCGGUUCUGGGAUUAAAGUCAAGGAUGCACUUCUCCAUGCAAUCAAAGAAGAAUACGUAGAAGCUGUGGAACUACUUCUGCAGUGGGAAGAAGAUAAUCAUGUUCCUGGUGAACCAUACAGUUGGGAGUCGGUCGAUCCUGCAGGCGCUACCUUCACUCCAGACAUCACUCCGCUCAUCCUAGCAGCCCACAGGAACCACUACGAGAUCCUGAAGAUCCUCCUCGACAGAGGAGCCACGCUGCCGGUGCCACACGACGUCAAAUGCGGAUGCGACGAGUGCGUUAAGUCCUCCCAAGAGGACUCUCUCCGUCACUCACAAGCCCGCAUCAAUGCGUACCGAGCUCUCUCAUCUCCCUCCCUUAUCGCUCUUUCCUCUGCCGACCCCCUCCUGACUGCCUUCCAGCUGUCUUGGGAACUGGGCCGUCUAAGCCGGAUGGAAACUGAGUUUAGAGUCGAGUAUAAGGCAUUAAGACAGCAAUGUCAGGAGUUCGCGACAUCACUACUAGACCACACAAGAACAUCGAAAGAACUAGAAAUAAUGCUCAACUAUAACCCUUGGGACGUGGACUGCUGGGAGCCAGGGGAGAGGCAAACCCUGGGCCGACUCAAACUAGCCAUCAAGUACAAGCAAAAAAUGUUUGUGGCACACCCGAACGUUCAACAGUUACUGGGCGCUAUCUGGUACGAGGGACUGCCGGGGUUUAAAAGAAAAAACAUUAUUGGGCAAUGUAUACAGGUGGCAAAGUUAGGUGUGAUGUUUCCCGUAUACUGCACUAUUUACAUGCUCGCUCCGAAUUCAGAAUAUGGACGAUUUAUGAAGAAACCAUUCGUCAAAUUCAUAUGCCACAGUUCUUCAUACAUGCUGUUUUUAAGUCUUCUGUCAUUGGCCUCACAAAGAGCUGAGUACGUAGUUCUAGAAUGGUUAGGAAUACGUUGGCUUCAAGAUCUGGUAGACUAUUGGAAGGAGCACGAGCGUGGAUCUCUACCAGGCCCCAUUGAGUUCAGCGUCAUCAUCUACAUAGCAAGUCUGAUUUGGGCUGAAAUAAGGGCGCUAUGGACAGGAGGCAUCACGGAAUAUAUCAGUGACCUGUGGAACAUAGUCGAUUUCAUAACCAACAUGUUUUACAUAGCUUGGAUCAGUUUGCGGAUAUCAUCAUGGUAUAUUGUCCAGCGUGACCACAAAAACGGCCUAGAUCCCUGGUACCCACGCGAGCGUUGGGACUCCUACGACCCCAUGCUGCUGUCAGAAGGUGCCUUCGCAGCGGGCAUGAUCUUCUCUUUCCUCAAGCUGGUUCACAUCUUCUCCAUCAACCCUUAUCUUGGACCACUCCAGGUGUCUCUUGGAAGAAUGAUCUUGGAUAUCCUGAAGUUCUUCUUCGUUUACAUGUUGGUUUUAUUUGCUUUUGGCUGUGGUUUAAACCAACUGAUGUGGUACUAUGCUGAAUUGGAGAAAGACAAAUGCUACCACCUUCCUAAUGGUAUGCCUGACUUUGACGGACAAGAGCGGGCUUGCACAAUAUGGAGGCGAUAUGCUAAUCUUUUCGAAACAUCGCAAUCGUUAUUCUGGGCAUCAUUCGGCCUCGUUGAUCUGACGACCUUUGAGCUGACUGGAAUCAAGAGUUUCACCAGAUUCUGGGCCCUGCUCACCUUUGGGUCGUACUCGGUGAUCAACAUUAUCGUCCUCCUGAAUAUGCUCAUUGCUAUGAUGUCUAACUCCUAUCAGAUCAUUUCUGAACGUUCCGAUACUGAAUGGAAAUUUGCUCGAAGCAAUCUCUGGAUGUCGUACUUCGAAGACGGAGAUACCGUCCCACCUCCAUUCAACAUUAUUCCGACGCCAAAGCACUUGAGCUGCUGGAUCAAACACUGCUUCACUAAACGUGAUCGGGGUUCUAUUAUUAAUAAGUCCCGUGAAAAAGCAAGAAUCGAGCACGAAGCAGUAAUGAGAGUGUUAGUAAGGCGGUACGUCACAGCCGAACAAAGGGCUAGAGAUGAAGUAGGCGUAACCGAAGACGACGUUAUGGAGAUCCGACAAGAUAUAUCCACGUUGCGAUACGAACUUAUCGAUAUACUCCAUAAUAAUGGAAUGAAAACUCCAAGAGUUAGUCUACAAGAUGCGACUGUGUCGGGUAAAAAAGGAAAAGUAAUGGAGAGAAGAAUACUGAAAGACUUCCAAAUCGGUAUAGUUGAAGGGAUCAUAAAAGAUGUGAUUUCAAGGGAAAAUAAGCCGAAAGACGUAUUCAGUCAAAUCGCUAAAGCCAUUGUUAGAAGAGGCAGUACUGAUAGCAAGAAACGCGAUUGGAACGCCCUAGUGCGGACAAACACAGUACGUAGAGAUCCAAUAGGUACAGCUGCUGAAGCAGAAAUACGUAGGAGUCGACAGUCACUAAGAGCUCACAUAUUGGAGAACGUAGAAGCACGUACAAUCGAUCCGCAAAAGUUAUUAGAAUAUAAUCCUAAACUAUCAGAAGUAACUCCGACAACGAGAGUGGCCUACGCGAAGUUCAUGCGAAGCAAAAUUAAAUCGGACUUUGCUGAGAGAGAACGAAACAGAAAAAUAUCUGACGAAAUAAGCUUGGAGGAUGAAGUAUUUGAAUCGCCUAAAAAACGAGAAUGCACGCAUAGGAAAAUGACCGGUCGCACAUUCCGCAGCAGAACACCAAUACCGGAAACGUCGGACGACGAAGGAUUAAAAGACAAUGAAAUAAAAGUAUUGGCCUAUAUCGAAGAUAAAGGAUCAGAAGUCAGCUCAGAACAAACAAGACCGUUAAAAUCAUCAUCUGAAACUUCAGAACCACGUACUCCCGACUUCGACCCUGUGAACGACAGAAAGUUACCACCACCAGCUGAAUUCCAUGUUCAAAUAGAACCAGACACACCUACCCACUCUUCGGCUGAGGAAUCCUCAGUACAAGACCUAAUAACACCAACUGGAAGCUUAAAAUCACACAAAGAACAAAUCCUUUCCGCUACCGCACUAGACAGUCAAUACAAACAAAUGAUUAGUCCAUCUCCAGAUUUCGAUAUGAAACAAUCUGCCAGUGUAUUUUUAGAAUCCGAAAAAUCUAGUCCUGUAAAAUCAUCUUAUUUAGAACCUUUUGAUUCAUCGAAAUCGCCUAGUUCAUCCAUAAAAAGUACGAAAACAGAUUCCAAAUUUGUCUCAGCCUCUUUGGAAACUCAAAUGGCUCCGUCUAGACUAUCAGUUGCAUCUGAAUCGAGAUCUCCGGAUAAGAGAUUGUCCACUUCCUCUAGUCCUAAAUCUACUAGUUCUAGGUCAUCUCGAGUAAGUCCUUCUUCACCAACACCUUCAAUGGGUGCUGUGGAUAGAGGAAAAUCCAAAGUAACUGGAAAAUUUGUUUCUGGGUGGCUUUGAGGAUCUAUAGUCCAUAUAUUAAUAGUUGCCUUACGAAUCGAAUUACGACAUGCCUUAUUCCGAAUACUAGUGAUAUCAUAGUAAUUACGUUUAAUAGCAAUAAUUAAAAAUAAAGAUGAGAUUGCAUUUUUAAACUAGUCUAUACAUUAUUAAAAAGAAAACGACGUAGAAGGUUCAAAUAUAUUUUUAUUAGGAAUAUAGAAAUAAUCUAGUCAGGAAUCUAGUGUACCAAGUGUUUUCAGAUUUUGAUGUAGAAGGGACACUAUUCCAUCCUCGGGGGCAGUACAGGUAAAUAAGAGAUUUUUUGACUCUUUCACCUAAAUGACUAUCAAAGCAAUCCUGAUUUAGAUUGCCCGUUAUUGAAAAAAAACUGAUUCGCUUCCGUAGAUAGAAUAAGGCCCCCUGACUAUAUAUUUAUAGGUAGUCACAAGUGCAUGUUAUUACUUUGAUAGCCUUAAUAAAACCUACAAUAAACCAAAUAAUUACACUGAAUCUUA